UAUCCUCAUUCCAGCUGCUCCCCGCUGCCAUAUCAUAAUCAACACCUGGGGACACGCCCACCCACCCGAUCCCAGCUUCGCUAUUGGCUGUCUGUUAAAAUAUUCCAAACGCUGCCCGGUGAUUGGCUCAAAUCUUACACAAGUGAUUUCAUAAAGCAAAUCUUUUGGAAGUUGUGUAAAGGGAAUAAGUGGGGGAAAAACCCUUGAGAUAACUGCAGUAUCCACAGUACAAUUAGCUGCCUGUAUCUCCCCCCCUCUCUCCUCGCUGUCAAUCGCUGGAGGAUUUUGUCGGAGUUUCCGGGCAUCAUCUCUGCAUCUGUGAGGAUGUUGUUGUGGCUGGUUUUGUUCCUGCCUGCACUCUCCUCGGCUCAGCGAUCAGAGCCCAUGUUCUCAGCAGUAACUGCAACUGUCCUUCCCCACGACUACGACAACAACCCCACCCAGCUCAACUACGGUGUGGCUGUCACUGAUGUGGAUGGGGAUGGAGACCUGGAGAUAUUUGUAGCUGGCUACAACGGGCCAAACCUGGUGCUAAAGUAUGACAAGCACAGGAAGAGACUCGUCAACAUUGCUGUUGACAACCGUAGCUCCCCUUUCUACGCCUUGAGAGAUCGUCAAGGCAACGCCAUUGGAGUGACAGCAUGUGACAUAGAUGGAGAUGGUCGGGAGGAGAUUUACGUCCUCAACACCAAUAACGCCUUCUCUGGUCGGGCAACAUAUUCUGACAAGCUGUUUAAGUUCCGUAAUGGACGCUUUGAAGAUCUACUGAACGAUGACAUUAACGAACACAGAGAUGUAGCCAACCGUAUGGCUGGGCGCUCAGUGGCCUGUGUGGACAGAAAGGGUACAGGGCGUUAUGCUAUCUACAUAGCUAACUAUGCCAGUGGCAACGUGGGUCCUCAUGCUCUCAUAGAAAUGGAUGAGGCAGCGAGUGACCUUUCACAGGGCGUCAUUGCCCUCUCCAACGUGGCAGAGCAGGCUGGAGUCAACAAGUUCACUGGAGGGCGAGGCGUCGUGGUGGGGCCCAUUGUCAGUCAAACGCGGUCUGAUGUGUUUUGUGACAACGAGUAUGGAUCCAAUUUCCUGUUCAGGAACAAUGGAGAUGGAACUUUCACAGAUGUGGCGCAGCAGGCUGGUGUGGAGGACCCCAUGCAGCAUGGCAGAGGAGUUGCUCUAGCAGACUUCAACCGUGACGGCAAGACAGACAUUGUCUAUGGGAACUGGAAUGGACCUCAUCGCCUGUACAUGCAGCUGAAUAACCGCAAACAGAAGUUCAAGGACAUAGCAUCCCAGAAGUUUGCCAUGCCGUCCCCGAUCCGCACCGUUAUCGUCGCUGACUUUGACAAUGACAACGAGUUGGAGGUCUUCUUCAAUAACAUUGCCUAUAGGGGCCCGUCUGCCAACAGGCUCUUUAGGGUGAGCAGAAGAGAGCAUGGAGACCCCCAGAUAGAAGAGUUGAAUGUUGGGGAGGCAUCAGAGCCUGAAGGACGAGGAACUGGAGCUGUAGCCACAGACUUUGAUGGUGAUGGGCGUCUGGAGCUGUUGGUGUCUCACGGUGAAAGUGCAGCACAGCCGCUCUCUGUCUACAAGGUCAACCAGGGCACCAAUAACUCAUGGCUGCGAGUGAUUCCCCGGACCAAGUUUGGUGCUUUUGCCAGAGGAGCUAAAGUGGUGGUGUACACAAAAAAGAGCGGCCCACACACACGUAUCAUCGAUGGUGGCUCAGGAUACCUGUGUGAGAUGGAACCUGUCGCCCACUUUGGUCUUGGUAAGGAUGUGCCCAUCAAUGUUGAGGUGUACUGGCCAGAUGGUCGUUCCGUGGCCCGACCCCUGGAACCUUCAGAGAUCAACUCAGUGCUGGAGAUCCACUAUCCGAGAGAUGAGGAGGAAGUCACUCCCACUGUGGAAAUAGAGUGUGGUCAUGGGUUUGCUCUGAAUGAGAACGGCCGCUGCACUGAUAAAGAUGAGUGUACCCAGUUUCCCUCUGUGUGUCCCUCUGACCGCCCCAUCUGCACCAACACCUAUGGUAGCUAUAAGUGCCGUGCCAAGAGGAGAUGCAACCAGGGCUUUGAGCCCAACGAUGAUGGGUCAGCCUGUGUGGCCCAGGUGGCUUACUUUGGGGGGACGCGGUCUUCAGGGGAACGCAAGUGGUCGGGCCUUUCUUUCUGGUUGCUCUCUGUCUCUGUGCUACCACUCCUCUCUACCCAUCUUCAGACUGGACUCCUGUAGCUGUCACUGUCCUCUCUUCCUAACUCUCUCCACUGCUGAAUGGGGAUGUACAGAAACUCUCUGAGAAAACUUUUCACCAAAACAUCUACUCCUUCUCCUCUAUGGAUCUCUGCUAUCUUUUUCCAUCAGUUAUUUACAGUCUUUGGCCCCUCCUCCUCACCACUGCUACAUGUGUCACCUCUUGGCUCCCGGCCCCCUCUGGACUAUAAAGAAACACACAGGGAGCAUGCUCGCUGGGAGCUCUGGGGUUCAGAACUAACUGUGUCACACCCGCAGAGUCCUCACGUCAUCACCUGGCACUUAUCUUAGUUGGGCCUGAACUGAGGCCAAGUCAAUAAGUGGAGCCGCAGUGUAUAAACCUCUGCACAUACAGAAGACAGAUCUACUGGCUCCACAGACCACAUUCAUUAGAGACACGCUGAGGCCCCAUCUGUAUCUCCACAAUGCCGCUAUGUUAAUCCUAACAAUGUCGCUCUCAUUCUUAUUAUGGGCUUACAGGGAUGCUGAGGAACACCAGGUCUCCACGCUUUAAAUUUUAUGUGUGUAUAAGAGCGCGUGCGUGUGAGUGUACUAUGUCCAAAGAGGCAGUCGGGCAGAGGCACAUAUGUCAGACCAUCUGUCUCCGAUGGUAGGCUACAUUUUGUUACCUAUGAAUAAUACAACAGCACAGUGAAGAGGAUAAACACAUGUAUGUGAGCACAAGUUAAGUACAGUAACUAGAGGUGUACUUGAACCUAUCAUCAUUUAUUUAGCAUUUUUUUAGAUCAAUCUGCUAUGUAAUGUAGAACAACUCUAAGUUGUAUUUAUUAAAUUAGCAUCAGCUCAGAAUAUUCAAUGUUAUUAUUAGUUUUAACUUAAUAUUUAUUGCUUUUUCUUCCUAAUUAAAUCAAAUAAAGGCCAACUCAAAGUUUAAGGCAUAGUAGCUGGAAAAUGUACAUGAAUCCAUUAUAAUUUAUUCAACAAUUUCUAAAUCAUUUGGCACAAGAUAUAAAACUACAAAGGAUAAGGCUGGUGAUGUGCUAUAUUUUUGUUAAUGUCAACAAAUCACAAGACCAUAAUCAUGACACAUAAGUCAGUCUCUUAAUACUAAGAAACUAACCUUGCUGCCAUGUCUGUGGUAUUGGUCCCUACAGAGUUUAUAGAGUUUAAUCUUUUAAUUUUCUAUUCAAUAAUUUUAUAAAACAGCUGGUCACUGUAGUUUUCAGCAAGUUACUCAAACAGGAGUAAAUUGUGUUUUUUUUGUUGGGGGAUAUUGUCAGCUGUAGACUUGGUGUGGGAGUGACUCAAAAUAAACUACAUGUCACUCAGUGCAACUAUGUAGCUUGUUGAUAUGUUUUUAUUAAUAUUUGAAUAAUCAGUGACACAGAGGAAUAAGCUUUGUUGGGUUUUGGAUACAUAGGAAAUAUGUGUUUGUUAGUUGUUGAUUGGGGUUUUUAAGAUAUUUGUUGACAAUAACAGUAAUGGAAUUUGGUUUCACAUGGUGUUGCCACAUCUUUCUUGAAACUUUUUUAGGAAUCUAACAGAUGCUUUGGCAGAAAAGAUUACAAAAAAGUGAAAACACUGUCCUGCACAAGAUGUUGACAGCUGUUGCUGACUGACUGAGUUUUGCUUCCACAUUAUUUUGCAAGGCAGCAUCAAUUCUCCUCUUAGCAAUCCCAGUGCUGAAGCUACACAACUCGUAUUUUAGCCAGUGUUAGACCACAAUCAGCGUCCUAGCAGGGGAUAGAUUCAUCAAGUAUUGGCCAGUACAGUUCUCCAGAGUUGAGGCUCUGUCUGUGUGUGUGUGUGUGUGUGUGUGUGUGUGUGUGUGUGUGUGUGUUUGUAUGAUUCAUGGAUUUCUCCCUAUUCGCUCGCUGAGGCAAGUGUUAUAUAUUUUUGGACAUUUUUAGCCAAAAACCUCACACAUUCCAUUUAAGAAACAGCACCAAACUCGGCCCCUUGACAUCAGCCUGCUAAUGAGUUGGCCCCAAACCACAGAUGCCACCUGUAAAUAUCAAACAUUUCAGCUGAGAUUUAAAGACUGAACUUAUUCCUCUCUGAGACAUUUUUAAUGAAAACUAAGACGCAUCAGAGCAUGAAAAAGUAAUAAACAAACGAUGAUGGAUGUGUUAAAGCAAUUAAAAUUACUCACCACGGAUCUGUGUUGGAUCCACGCUGAUGAUGUUGUCAUGCUCUCUAAGUAAGCCAAAGAGUCUGUGGAGAGUAAGAGUUACAGAGGGUUCAGCAAGAUCGUGUCCACUCAAGUCAAUUACUUUAAUGUGUCUGUAAAGAAAUUUUCAGCAACAGAUAUGUCAAAGAGGUUCAGCUGAGGUUGCUGCAAAGAUGUUAUUGUAAGGACAGAAUGGAAUUUUUUUGUAGUUUGAAUCACACCUUUUGGUCAGACUUGAGCUGUAUCACCAUGGUCCAAUAUGUAAGCUCACAGUUUGCAUGAACUAUAAGAUCUAGUGUUUAUCAAAACUGCACGCUUUAAAGGGACAUAGAGAUGUUUUUAACCCAUUGCUAACAUUCUCCUACUUAAAUACCACAAUCCUAAUUGCAGUGUAGUCAUUUGUUGUUAAAGAGAUGAUUGUGUGAAUCCAGUUUGUAUCUUUUCCUAUAAAUGUGUUGAAAUAGGCAUUUCAGCUAAUACUGAAGUUUGUAACUAGAGAGAGGAUACCAUUGAAGACUGUUGGCUAUUUCACAACUCUUAGUUACAUGUACACACAACUUAACAUACUGUGUGCAGUAUUUACUGUAUAUAAUCUGCCCAUUCAAACGCGCAGGGGGUCUUGGAAACCAGAUAUGAAGCUUUUCUGUGUCCAGUGAAACUGGAGUUCAUGAGGUAAUGCUGAAGAAAAUAAAUGAAAACAUUCACAGUGAUGGAUUACUUUGCUCAACCACUUUAGACACACCUGGACGUAGGAUUAUAUAUUUCUGGGACAGAGAGCAAGGAAACGGCUAAAGAAAGGUAGAGAAAUGACACGAUAUCAGUAACUACAAUAGCAGAAAAGACUCAACUAUGAACAAGGUCAACUUUAAAAGAAAUUCACUCUGAGAUUAGUGAACGUGGCUGUGCAAUGUCACUGAAUAAUAUCCAAGGACUGCACACUGCAGAAAAGAUACUGCGUGUGUGUGUGCGCGCAUGUGUGUGUGUGUGUGUGUGUGUGUGUCUGGCAUGGUCACUGCCACAGCAUUGUUUGCAUCCCAGAGGGUCCAGCUGUGUUUCUUUCUGGUGAAAUGAACUGCAAGUGGAGAUGUCCCUGUGCAAAAUAAAACCUGGAACACAAUGCUCAAUGUGUGUGUUUCAGGGGAGUUUGGACCUGUGCAAGUGUAUGUGUGUGUGUGUGUGUGUGUGUCUAUGUGCACACAUACAGCCUGUUUGUGUGUGGGCUUGUGCUCCAUGUGGAAAAAUAAUCCAAAUGCAUUUUUUGUGCUUCAGACCACCAGUCACAAAAUGUCCUGCAAACUCCAAUUGCACAACGUACACACGCCACGAUGUGUUCACAGAAAAUGACAGAAGAUCAGAUUAAGGAAGGAUAUGUUAAGAAAAUAUUUGUACUGUGCGGAAAUGGCCAGAAAGAAGGAGCGGAAGGAGACAAGAAGAAAAAGCUGUACAAAUGUGGAUGUAUACACUGUAGUGGUCAUUUCUUUUCAGCUGCAGCCAAUGAGUACGUACGUUUAUUUUCUCUUGUCCCUGAUGCAAACAACUGAGCAGGCUUUUCAGAGCUGCUCGUGUGGAGUAGUGCUGUGUGCAUACUUGUGUCUCCUGUGUCUUUGGGGCAGUGCAGGCCUGAAUCGAGUAAAGGUGCGCUGGGGUUUCCUUGCGGCCUGAAAUAAAAUUAAUGCUCCAUCAUCCCUGCUUAUAAUUGCCUGAGCACAUCUCAAGUCAUUUGACUUCAAUUUAUUUGACUAAUUCCUCCGUGCCUGAACACUAAAAGAAGUCAACGACAUUAGAGAUUAAGCUACUUCAGCAACCACUUAAGCAUGAAUGGCAUCACUCAUGACAGUUGGCUGCUAAGUAGGUUGUGGAUUAUUGUUACUGCUGCUAAUUUCAAGCCAUCUCUUCAAUACGUACAAGAUAAUUAAGUUUGUGAUAAGACGUUAUCAAAUGUCAUUCAUUCAUUUUCUUUACCUACAGGGCCACAAGAGGCUGGAACAGUUCUCAAUAUGCAAUGGGCAGAAGGCAUACAGUUAAAAAGAAAAUUCCAAUUUUUUACAAGUUAUUUUUGUGGUGUUUGCUAACAUUUCUCUCUGUCAAAAUAGCAAAGUACAAACUAAAGUAACUGCUGAAUCCUAGGAGCAUAGCAACAUUGCUAGAACACAGUCUGAUAGGGCGAGAAACGCGGGUAGUUAGGUGCUAAGACAACAGUUUGGCAGGAUUACAGAAACUAGAUGUUGGUAACACCCCAUAGGGGACUACUUCCUGUAGGCAAAACUAUAACAGUCUAUUUAACAUGGCCAUGCUUUGUUUAAGACACAACACACACGUUAUAGAGGAACAUUUGCACAAAAUGUAAAUGGAAGUACCAUACACAUACAAAUAUACUGUAGAGAUAUACAAAUAAUCUCUUUGGCUUGCUGUGUUUUGGCCUUGUGUUUGUUGUUGUAGAAAACAAAGACAAUGUUUCAAAGCUUUUCCUCUAUCUGCUUUUAUCCCUGUUUCACCCCUACGCUCUGCAGGAUCUCAUCCCUGCUUCAUUUAAAAGCCAUUAAGAAGGCAAUGACUGACAAAGCAAUUUUUUGCCAACAGAUUGAAGCAGAAUGAAACACAAUACCCUGUUUCACAAUUAACCCAAGGUGAUUAAAAGUGACAUUUUAACUGGAACCACACGUUUCCAGCCUCCGACGCUUAACAUUGUGUUUUUAUGUAGCAUUCUGGGCUGCACUUGGUGGAGGUCCAGCGGCAAACACAACACAAGGGCUGUCAAUCACACUGAGGUUAAAUAAACUGAGCUGAUAUUCAUGCCAAAGCCAACAGGCAGGGCGGCGGUAUAGUGGGGGGAAAAAAAUCGAUUAAAAGGAGAGUCUCCAAAACCGGGCUAAGCACAAUAAAUCAAGCAAGGCCAAAACACAGAGAGAGACAAAUCCUGCAAUUUCCACCAUGUUUUACCUCCUUUACUCUCCAAAGAGUGUCUCAGCACUGUGGUUUUCACGACAGAAUUUCAAAGCAAAUGUUCAAAAUCUGAUACAACAUCCAUACACAUGUUCAAACAAUAAGCCAAAAGGGUCUCUGUGUGGGAGGGGUUCUGUGUACAUAAUGUCUGUGUUUUGAAGGGAGCAGUAGCACUGAAUCUUUCUGUUUGUUGCAUCACACAGGGCAUGGUUUAAUGCACAAUCAUAACUCACCGUGAUCUUGAAUUUGGGCAGAUGUAGAUAAAUGUUUGGUGGGCCUGAUUGAGCACAGCUGGAGUUUUGAUGCCUCAUGAGACACUGUGGUUUACACAUUAUUUUAUUUUACUGGAUUCCUGUUGCUUUGUUAGUUUUUGUCAAGGGAACUGAAAUAAAUGUGUAUUUGUGUGCGAUCCCAGUUGCAGAUGAGUGUCAGGAGCAGAUUAUAGGAGCGAACAUCCUCCUCUGACGUCACCACAGGCCUGACUUUUCUCUGAUGCCAAGAGCUUCUCCUGAGGGGCUCUGUGUUUGAUGCAUUACAUGCAAGCACACAAUUGUAAACUUCACCAUAAUGACUGCACUGCGUCUGCCAGGCACCGCUGCCAGUCAAAACAUUUUCGGAACACAGAGGCAGCAGUGGGAUACUGAUUUUCUGUCAUUUUUAGGAAUAAACAUUUUAACCAAUCAAUACCAGAAAGUGACUUUUUUCCCCCCUCUGGACAUCCGUGACUCAGAACUGUGGAAAAGGUAAAGCAAGUCCACUUUUUUCCUGUUUAGAGAACUAGGAAUAAAAGAUCAGGAAGGGUGUGGAGGAAGUAGAAAAGAAAGACAAAGUGUUGUGCAGCCAAAGAAUGUGGAAUUUUAAAACAUGGAAACUCAAAACAAUUGUAGCGACAGGCUGUAGCAGAAGGUAGGGGGGAAAAGAUUUUAAAAAAGAAAGGAGGUUUGUGUGGAGGACAAGAGUAACUUCUUGACGUGAGAGUGACCUUUCCCGAUGUUUCUUCACUCCUCUGCUGUCUUUGAGAAAAUAUCAGUUCACUCUCACCGCUCCUCCUGUGUCCUCUCCUGUGAUCUUAACUAAGCCUCACUAUGUGCCAGAACGUUAUCACUCAUUUGGCCUUAUGAGCAGGCUAUGAUGGAUCUGCUGCACCUCUUACGCGCACGGACAGACACAAAAAGCAGUAUGGACUGUCACCGCUGCAAAAAAAUGUUCAAUGAAACAAGUCGGUCUAGAACUCAAAAGUGUACUUUGUACCCUAAACCUAUGUUAAAUGAUUUAUUUGCCACUUAUAUCACCCUAUGAAGGAUUUAUAGAGAU